GUCAGUAGAAUACGUGUGCUGAGUUGACGAUGACAGGCCUCGGUAAGAGUUCGUGUUCAAGCGUUCAAAAAUGUGUUUUACUGAUAUUUUUAUUGUUAGUGGCUGUCCAUGUAAUAGGACAAGAACUGGUUUCUAAAGAGAACUGCGAUAAAACAAAGUGUCCCGGUCCAUUGAGACACUAUAAGGGGCUCGGUUGUACACCUAUCUACGCGAAUCCCAAUGACUGUUGCGCGAAGGCAUACGAGUGCAGUCACCUGGACAAUUUGUCACCGAAUAAAUGCUACGUGAAUGGUCACGAGUACAAUAUCGGGCAGAUGCUGAAGCCCGAGGACAGUAAUCGUUGUGACUUGAAUUGCACGUGUACACACUACGACGAUGGUGCCGGUUUCAAUUGUUCGGGUGUGGAAUAUUGUCUACAAGAACAAAGUUGUCUGGAAAGAAAAAUGCGUGGUCUUUGCUGUCGAGAUCCAACUUGUGACCUGACAGAAAUAGAGAAACAAGUUUGCAACGUUGAUGGCGAAGUUUAUCAAGGUGGAGAGACUUUCAGUCCAAAAUCUAAUCCAAAAUUGGAGUGUUAUUGCAUGCCUGGAUAUACAGGUGAAAAUAUCGAGCCCUUCUGCGAAGAACUGAAACGUGAGACUUGCUCUCCUCUGUUUGAACAAGCUGCUCAAAUUCGUCAAAAGUGUGCACCUGUGUAUUAUUUCCAGGAUCCGCAUGAUUCUUGCGCUUUUGUUUAUAGAUGCCCGGUCGAAAGUGACAUCGUUGUUCAAAAGGAGAGAGUCACAUCGGAUUCUAAGAAAGGAAACAAAACGUGCCAGUAUGGUAAUCUUACGCUGAAUAUAGGCGACGAGUUGAAUCAAGUACAAACUGACAUUUUCUCUGCCAAUGUAAAAUGUGUGUGCGAGGUGCCUCCGAUUGUCACAUGCCAGAGAAAACAAGAAGCUACUCAAUUGUCAUCAAAAGAAAGGUUCUAAUAAUCUCUGUUUAAUUCGACCAUUCCUUAACCAUUUGAAUUCGAUUUGUCUGUUUUUGAAUGUUGUUGCAAGUCCAGUUGUAUUUAUUUUAAGGUAAAUUAGGUAAAUU